UUGGGAGAGAGUGAGCUCGCCACCCACACGCUCGAGCUACCUGCUAACAUCGUACACCCGAAGCGAGCGAGAACACGGGGCUGCGUGCGAGAGUCUGCCCGCCAGUCCUUCACGCGACAGCUGGCGGCAACAAGCAGCUGUUGCCGUUUCUUCAAACCGUUGCACCUCAGCCUCUGCCAUCUGCAUUCAGAUAACAGUUUGCAAAAGGAACAAAAAGUGUAUGUUUAUUCUAUGGCGCUUCUUUCACAGAAAAGAUAGUGAAUUUCUGUUUUCAGAAGUUACGAGUAGUUUUGAGUGAAGCAAAGGGGAAGAGAGAGGAUUUAUAAUAUCUCGUAAUAUUUGAAAGAUGAAGAUGAAUGCCAAAGUGUCGUUAACGUUUGCCCUGGUGCUGGCUGUGGCCGCCAACUUUCUUGACAGCGAAGCCAAGUUGCGUGAGAGUGAGAAAUCUCCAGUGAGGAGAUGCCUGGAUGGGAGUGCACCGCGCCGUUUGAAGAAGAGGGAUAGAAGACUGUUGGCACUCGACGCCAAUGGGUAUAUCUGUCAUAAACUCUACAGCCGACUGUCCUGCUGCCCCAGGAAUAGACACUUCCCCCAGUUCCUGGACUCUGAGGUAUUUUCUGUUACAAACAACACAGAAUGUGCAAGAUUGCUGGAGGAAAUAAAGUGUGCUGAAUGUUCACCACAUGCACAGAAUUUAUUUCACGUAUCUGACCAAGAAGGCACAUCAGCUAAUGAGCUAACUUUUCCCAUAUUGUGCAGAGAUUAUUGUGAACAAUUCUACUUUGCCUGCAGAAGCCACAUAGCAGACAAAAAGAAGCAGACCACCAUAGAUGUGACAACUGAUGUAACUGCCUCAAGGGGUGGAGAUGAAAGAGGACUGUUAAGCCUUGCAUUCCAUCCCAAAUACAAGAAAAAUGGAAAGCUCUAUGCAUCUUAUACCACCAACCAAGAGCGAUGGGCCAUUGGACCACAUGACCACAUUCUUCGAGUAGUCGAAUACACUGUUUCCAGAAAAAAUGCAAAUCAAGUGGAUACAAGAACAGCAAAGGUAUUGAUUGAAGUAGCAGAGUUACACAGAAAGCAUUUGGGUGGACAGCUCUUGUUUGGACCAGAUGGCUUUUUGUACAUCUUCCUUGGAGAUGGAAUGAUUACUCUUGAUGAUAUGGAAGAGAUGGAUGGGUUAAGUGAUUUUACAGGCUCUGUGCUUCGAAUUGAUGUAGAUACUGACACCUGCAAUGCUCCUUAUGCUAUACCCAGAAGCAAUCCCUACUUUAACAGCACCAAUCAACCACCAGAAAUAUUUGCACAUGGACUUCAUAAUCCAGGAAGGUGUACAGUGGAUCAGCAUCUCACAGACUCUAAUGGCAAUCUGACUAUUCUGUGUUCAGAGUCAAACACUUGGAAUAAAUCAUCAGGAAGGAUAAUCAAGAUAACAAGGGGAAAGGAUUAUGAAACAGAACCUCCUGCAGUUGAAUUCAAAUCUUCUAGUCACAGCCCUUUAGUAGGUGGCUUUAUAUACAGAGGGUGUCAAUCUAGAAGACUUUUUGGAAACUAUAUCUUUGGAGAUCGAAAUGGGCAACUGAUGAGCCUUCAACAAAACCCUUUGAACAAACUGUGGCAGGAACGAACCUUGUGCCUUGGCACGAGCACUGCCUGCGAAAACUCUCUUAGUGGUCAUAUCUCAGGAACGGUUUUGGGAUUUGGAGAAGAUGAAUUAGGUGAGGUUUACAUUUUGGCAAGCAGCAAGAGUGUGACAGAAGCACAUAGUGGAAAGGUUUACAAAUUGAUUGACCCAAAAAGAGCUAAUGUUCCAGAAGAAUGUAAGAGAUCAGUACAGCCUCCAAAGCCAGUAACAUCAGAGUGCUCACAUCUCUGUAGAAAUGGACAUUGUACUCCAACAGGAAAAUGCUGCUGUAGUCCAGGCUGGGAGGGAGAGUUCUGCAGAGUGGCAAAGUGUGAUCCAGUAUGUCAGCAUGGUGGUGUAUGUGUGCGGCCUAAUAUGUGCUUAUGUAAAGAAAGCUACACCGGACCUCAGUGUGAACUAGUGGAUCGAAACACUCAAAGAGUGGCAAGGGCAGCAGUUUGCCAGCAGCCCAGAAAACAUGGGAACUGUAACACCCCUGUAAGACGGUGGUUCUUUAAUGCGGAUACCAGGCAGUGCGAACAGUUCCUCUAUCGAGGUUGCCAGGGCAACAAAAACAGAUUCAGCUCAUAUGAAGAGUGCGUAAAAACCUGCUUACCAAGAAGCCAUCAAGGCACAGGAUUGAUACAAGGGAUAGAUAAAUAAACUUUUAGCCAGCCAUCUUUUAGUUUCUUCCACACUGAGAAAAGAACAAAUGCAUUUCAAGAUAAUUUUUACUUUCUGAUGUAUAUUUUACAUGGGAAUAAAAGAUUUUAAAAUCAAAAAUGGGAAAACAGGUUAAUUCAGGUUUCUGUUGUCUAACCUUAAAUUUAUUUUAAAAUGAUGUGUAUUAUCUGAAAUGAGAUUUUAGAAAUGGUGAUAUCUAAGAAAACUUGUCAGGAAAGUGUGUAAGCUCAUUACUGAUAUGUCACUCAUUGGAUUCUAAUUGGUGUACGUAGAUUUCAAAAAAGACAUUUAAAUGUAUAAUUUCUUUUAAAAUCUAAUAUAUUGUUUAUGUAAAUGCAUGCUUAAUGUCCUCAAGAAUACAGUAAUUUACUGUGACUAUUGAGCUGAUAAAUUGUAUUUUUAAACAUAACCUGUUACGUACUGUAUUGCAUUUGUUAUAAUACUAUAUGUAAACAGCAACAAAUAUGCUAAAGUAUAUUUUUUGAAUACAGUAGCUACAAAAACACUUGACCACUGACAGUUCUCUUGAACUGAUAUGACUGUCUUUAUAGGCCCAAAUUUAUAUGUUCAUUAAGCUGUAAUCCAGUGGUGAAAGGGGAGUUAUUAAUGUCAGUUUAACGUAGGAAUCAUUGGUGCCUAGUACUGUUAUGUUUGGCAAGGCCAACAGUCAACAGGUUAUUAUAAAUGUGUUAUUGAUGCUUGGAGGUGAGCUCUCAUACUGCUGCUGGAAAGAUAGAUUUUAAUUUUUUUUUUUAAAUUUCUCCCUGAACUCAUCCAUUUCACUAUCAGUAAGUCCCCAGCACUUUUGCAUUUAAAGAAAAAUAUCCUAAGGUAUAUUUUCUUUUUUAGUGAAUCAAUUUAAUCAUGUGAUACUAAUGCCAGAUUUGUAAUAAGAGGUUCUGCUCCUUGACUCCACCCCCCAUACCCGUUGGAAUUUACCAUGUAUGUUCAGCACUUAAACGUAACAAUUUAACUGUGAACUUAAGUACAGAACAUGAGAAGAAACAAGUUAAUAUGUGGUUAGCUGAGGCAUUUGCUGGAAAUAGUUAUGCAAAGACUUAUUAAAU